UUUAAUCCAAAUUUAUGUCCACCUUUACAUCACGGCACACAAGCCGGACACUCUGCCUUCACCGCUGGCCAAGGAAGGGGUUUGGCCAGGGUUUAUCCUGUUUUCCUGUACAAUUGUUUUAAACACCAGUUGUGUGUGUGAUAUUUGUAAAAAAGUGUAUGUGUGUGUGUUCUGAAGGCCUCCCCCAAAGUCCAGAGCCACUGGCUUCUCCCCUGCCCAGGGCACUGCUGGUCACAAGAAGUAAAAACAGGAAAGAGGUUCUAAUCCACUUAAAAGCAAGUCUGCGGAAGCUGAGAAGCUCGCUGAUGGGAAGGGCGCUGGCACGGGCUCCUGCCCCAGCAGAGGGAAGCCAGGAAGCCUCAGAGUCCUAGGCUAACGCCUCGCAGCCAGAGGGACGUGGGAGAGUCACUCAAGAGAGGAGGAGAGACCUCUGAGCGCUCGUGCGGACACAGCUGGUCCCCGAAUCAUGUCUAUAGACUCUCAGAAGCGAAGAGGAGGACUGUUAGGCCCAGGUGCCUUAUGGCAAGGUCCUAGUGAUCGAUGCUAAUUUGACACUUUACAGCACCUCAGAUGAGGUCUCCUCUUGGAAAUGACGUCUCAGCAUUUGCAAAUACAAAAUUCCCCUUGCGUUUCAUAAAUCAUGUGUUCACAGAACACUUCCUCAAACACCAGGUCCCUGAUAAUGGUCCUCAGAUAAAGCAGGCAAUAAAUAUCGUCUGAUAACUUCCUGUAAGCAGGUGAAAGCUCGUCCCUGGGUAGUCCGGGAAGUGCCCGUUUCACAAAGUCAGCACUGACCGUGGAGGGAAGGGCUCCCCCCCCUCCAGAAGCAGGCGGGGACUCGGGGACAGCUACGCCACAGCACAGCACGGAGUCAGGUCUGACUCAAGCCCCCGGCCCCCGAUCCACCAGCAAGGUAUCACGUCCUGACUCCAUCUUUUAAAAGGAGGGACCCGCGGAGCCGGGGCCGCGGGGCCAGGAAGUCAGACCCCCGGGCCCGCGAAGCUGAGUCGCUGCCAUGGCCAAGUACCUGGCCCAGAUCAUUGUGAUGGGUGCGCAGGUGGUGGGCAGGGCCUUUGCCCGGGCCCUGCGGCAGGAGUUUGCAGCCAGCCGAGCAGCGGCAGAUGCCCGGGGACGCGCCGGACACCAGUCUGCAGCCGCCUCCAACCUCUCGGGCCUCAGCCUCCAAGAAGCACAGCAGAUUCUCAAUGUCUCCAAGCUGAGCCCCGAGGAGAUCCAGAAGAACUACGAACACCUAUUCAAGGUGAACGAUAAAUCCGUGGGUGGCUCCUUCUAUCUGCAGUCAAAGGUGGUCCGAGCAAAGGAGCGUCUUGAGGAGGAACUCAGAAUCCAGGCCCAGGAGGACAGGGAGAGACAGCAGCCGCCCAAAACGUGACCACUUGUCUCCACCCGCCCGCCUCUAAUUUAUAGCUCAGUAAUAAAUGUCUUUUCCUCAAAAAAAAAAAAAAAAAAAAGGAGGGACCCG